ACUUUUUUUUGCUGUUUUAUCGGCAUUUAUCCUGAUCUUGUUUUAGUAAUGAUAGGUUUGGACUUUUUUUUUUCAAAAGGUAAAGAACAAAUUAAGAAUAUUAUUGCUAAAGAUAAUUCCCUACCAAAGUUUUUUUUUUUUGGUAAAUCUCUGUAACCUGUUUUUCAUUUUUAGGUUUUAACUGCUUAUUUUCUGAAAAAAACGAGGAUAUUUUCUUUGCCCUUUUUUUUUUAAUCAUAAAUUUGUGUUUUACAAUUACUUCGUCGGAAAUUUCUUAUAAUAAUUACAGGGAUGAAGUUUUAUUCUCAUUUCAAUAACUAUACCUUUUGUUAACUCCUUUUUUUCCACUUAUUUUAUUCCUAUCCAAACUAGCUGGUUGUUAAUCCCUAAAUCUUUUUGCCUUUAGCCUGAUUGAGAAUAUGAAAAUGGAAAUUUAGAACAUCUAUGGGGGUCUCACUUUUGUAACAAUUUUGUUCACAUGGAGACAGAGAUAGAUGAGGAUUGGACUUCCUGUAUCUCUAAAGGUGAAAAUGGAAUCAAGAAUAGCAUAUAUGAAAGUCAAGUUAAGAAUAGCAUUGUACGAGAUGAUGAGGAUAAAUUCAUUUCCCUUUUGGAGAAGUCUUUGGUGAUAAAUUCAAGGGACAUGCUUAAACUGAAAUUUGGUGACUUUGAAGUGUGCCCUUACAAACUAUUGGCAUUUAUCUGCCGUCGUCGUGCUGUUAAUUGUGGCACUGCAUUGGUUAAAGGAAAGACAGAUCUGAAAUUGGAUCUUAACAUUCCGAUCGACCAAGGAGUUUAUCUGCUGCAUGAAGCAGCUUCAUCAUUAUCUCUUCGCUUAGUUGAGUUAUUCCUCCACCAUGGGGCUCGGGCAAAUGUCCAAUGCAGUGCAAUUGACUCGGAACAUAAUGGGUUGCUCCCAUUGCAUGUAGCACUUGAAAGAGUGAGAUAUGAUGAACGUCUGGCCCAGUGGACUCCUAGAAAAUCCAUUUUUAAGUUGAUCAUCAUGCUUUGCCUUCCGAAAAUGAAAGAAGCGUUGGAGACUAAUAGGUUACUUUUGUAUAAUACUUACGGGUUCAAGGAGGUAGUUCGCUAUUUUGUCAAGGGCGGCAAACUCAUUGAGCUGGCUGUUCUUUUAAUGGUAGCUCGGGAAAUAGUUAUGGAUCCACUCGAUUGUCAGAAUAUCACUCCUUUCACACGCAGAAUGGGAUGCAUAACAUUACAGCAAAGCAUCCAGCUUGAACUUACGGUACUAAUUAAUUAUGAGUACAGAUUAAUGUACAGAAAUCAAGAGAAAAAGUUGUACCGAAUAUGUAAGAAAUUGAAGGCGACCAUGAUGUAUAGUCUACAGAUACUUGAAAUUUUUGAGAGAGCUGGUGGUGCCAUUGAGGCUUAUCUUCAGUUAGACCGGACUAAUGUGAGUUGUAAUGACUUGUUUUUCAUGUUUCUGUGUUGGUUCAUGUUCGCCAUAUGGGAGAGCUGGUGGUGCCAUUGAGGCUUAUCUUCAGUUAGACCGGACUAAUGUACCAGAAAAACAGGUUGCAGAAGAAGUUGCCGGGCUACUUGUGGAUGCAGGGUUUAAAUUGAAAUCUAGAGACUCUGAUUUAAGCAAUAUAGUACACCGGUUCUCUUUCUUUUCCACUCUAUUCAUGUUUGGUUUUGUUUUUUCCACAUUUCUAUCACUUCAAGGAAAAAAAAGAAAAAGAAAAAAAGAAGAAUACUUCAAUGUUUAAGCUAUACUAAUGAAUAUUCGCUACUGGUUGUGGCCUUGUGAAAAGCUGCCCGAACAAGCAUGUCCUGGAACACUCAAGUGAUUUGGUCGAGGAAGGAAAAAGUCAAACAGAAGUGCCUGGACAAUGGGGAUAUAAUCAUCAAGAUGUCCGUGCAGUGUUCUCACGACCAAAU